UUUCAAUACGAGCGUUGUCGAUGGCGUUUCACCGUUUGCACUGUUGUCACUUUUUGUUCUGUUAUCGUAUUUUAAAGUGAAAAUUUCGCAAAAACGUAGUGAAAAUCGCGAUUUUCGUAGCACGGGGCACGUGCUAAAGUAAUCGUUGAGCCCCCGGGGGGCUUUUCAGCCCUAAUUACGCCCCAUUCGUUCCCGUAGCUGGCAUCCAAUACUUGCAAAAGCUCGUCCCUGGGACGUCGUGUCAACGCCACAAUUCUUUGUACAUGUAGGCGGUAAAUUUGAAUUUUUUUCCAAAUUAUUCGACUUCUAAGGGCUAAAAUGGAGGGCACAGAGGGCAGAGAGAUCUUGGAAAAUGUAGUAAUAACCUCUGAGGGGGCCGAUGGGGCCCAGUAUAUCAGGUUAGCCGAUAACUCCCAGAUCAUCAGCUCCGAGCUGCUACAAAACCACAAUGGACUGGUGGUGGAUUUGGGUGGAAAUGACUUUAUUCCAGUUACUUAUGGAUCAGAGGAUAUCCUCACUCAAGAACUGACAGAAGAGGACAGAAACUUAGCCGCUGCCUUAGUAGCGGUGCAAUUGAGUCAGCAACAGAAGCAACAGCAAUUGCAAGAUGCAGCCCUACCACCCCUGAUAGCCGGCAAUAAAAUUCUUGAGGACCACCCGCAGCUCAUCCUCACAGACAAAUCCACCGGGAACCCGCAAUACUUUAAGAUCGAUAAAAUCGUCAAUUCGGACAAUCUUUACAUAGAACAAGAGGGAGGCCUGCAUAAAAUCGUCGAAAACGUAAGACUAGUGGACGAAACCGAUAAUAUGCCCAUACACGUCGAAGACGACAACGGCCACUAUCAUUUGACCGAAAACAAGAUCGAAAUCAUCGAGAAGGACGAUGAGGAAAAGUUGGAUUCGGAUAGGGAGUCUUUGAGGAACGACCAUAGAUCUUCGAAGAAAUCGUUGCCGCACAAAAAGCGGAUCAGCAGAAAGUUACGCAAGAACAGCACGAGUGCCGCGAAGCAAAAGUACACGUGCACAUUUUGCAGCGAAACAUUCACCAACAACGACGAGUACCAGCAGCACGAGGGCACCUGUAAUGCCGCAAAAGUGCCCACCAAUUCGCCGUUUUCUUGUCAGUUGUGCAAUACACCAUUUGGUGACCAACUCAAGUUUUUUGAACAUUUAAAGAAACAUUAUGAGCCGGGUGGUAUUGCCGGCCCUCCACUCGUCGAGGAGGCGGCUCCCGCCGAAGAGGCACCCGCCCCCGCACCACCUGCGGAGGAUAAAAAGAAGAAAAUCCUCGCCACACCGAAACAGGAAAAGAAGUUCGUGGUGGAGGAGAAGGAGACUCAGGAGACUUUGUUGUCCAGUCUGUUGAGUUUGCAGUGUAUCGAGUGCAAUAAGACGUUCAGGAGGCAGAAAACGUUCGAGGCGCAUAUGAGGGACGUGCAUUCCAGUAAACCGGAUCAGGAGGAUGAGUUUUCGGAGGCGGAAGAUAUGAUGGCAGGUAUUGAUGUCGCUGUAGACUACGACAGCAUCCAGGGCGACGACAUCGAGGACGAAAGCAAGGCGUGGUACAAAGAAGAAGAACUCCAUCAAACCGAAAAGGAUUUGAAAGAGCUGGAGGACGAGAACGAGCACGUUUGUCACCUUUGCAAGCAGCCAUUCGCCCUCAGGGCCAUUUUGUUGCAGCAUCUCGUCACUUGUCGAGUUACCAGUGGCAUGACCGAGCCCACCCCGGCCGUUAUCGUGCGCAAACGAAACAAAAAAGUGAAAGAAAAGUUAAAUUGCGAGCUGUGCGAUCGUGUUUUCAAGCAUCGGAACUCGUUGGUGUACCACAUGAGGAGCCAUAGCGGCGUGAGGCCGCACCAGUGCGAACUAUGCGGCAAAAGUUUCUUCGCUUCGAGUGCUCUUAAAGUCCAUUUGAGGCUCCAUUCCGGGGACAAACCGUACGACUGUUCGUUUUGCGGACGUAAGUUCCGGCAAUGGGGCGACUUAAAGUACCACAUCACCUCCAUCCACUCUACUGAGAAGAAUUACCAAUGCGAGUACUGCGGUAAGGAGUUUGCCAGGAAGUACUCGCUGGUCGUGCAUAGGAGAAUUCAUACAGGUGAAAGAAACUACAAAUGCGAAUACUGCGGUAAAACGUUCAGGGCGUCGUCGUACCUGCAGAACCACAGGAAAAUCCACACCGGUGAGAAGCCCCAUAACUGUCCGAUCUGUAAUAAGCCGUUCAGGGUGAGAUCGGACAUGAAGAGACACGAAAAGACUCACGGAAAAGUUCAAACACCAAGAUGUAAAGCGAACCAACUGCAGGCGGCGGCAGCGGCUGCCGCAGUAACGGUGGUAACAGUGGAAUCGCAACCGCAAUCGGACAGUCCGCCCCCCGUCGAAGAAUUCAUUAAAGUGCAAAAAGAGGAAAUCGAGGAUAACGACGAGUCGAACGAGUUGCAUAUCGGUGAGGAGGAGGAGGCCGCCGAGCACAUUUUGGGCGGCUACGAGGCGCAGGAGAUCGAAAUGAUGAGCGGUGGGACCAUUACUAAGAGGAACAUAUAUACCAACGGUCAUGAACUCUUCUUGGUCACAUAUCCGAACGAAAUCGUCCAAAGAGGUGCGGGCACUACAGAAGCCUGGAUUCACACUAGUAGCGCCUAAGCAAGCAGUCUUUUAAUGUAAAUAAAACGUCUUUAUUAUCUUCUUUUUUGUAAAUAACUAUCUGUAAGGCAUCAAAGGUUAUUUUGGAAAUGAUGGUGUUGCGGUAUUUACCAAAACUUAUUUUGAUUACUCGAGCUGCUACGUAGACUUUAAAAGCUCUUGUUUAUUUUUAACUGUAACAUGUAUGAACAUUUAUCUUUUAGAGCUUAAAUCGUAUUUUAUGUUUUAGAGAUGUGUUCACUUUUUUUUUGGGCAUUUCUUGAAAUAAAUCUGUUUUUAGAAGA